AUGACACUCCGAAAAGGAGAGAAAAUGACCAUAAGUAUCCAGGAGCACAUGGCUAUUGAUGUCUGCCCCGGCCCCAUCAAACCCAUCAAGCAGAUCUCCGACUACUUCCCCCGCUUCCCCCGCGGGCUCCCCGCCACCGUGGGCCGCAGCAGUACCCUGCGCUCCGCCGUCAGCCAGCCCUCUGUCAGCCCCGCCGAGGCCCCCCCCAAGUCCCAAGCGCCUGAGGAGGUGGUGGACCCCGAGGGCUACGAGUCCGACGACUGCACCACUCUGGGGACGCUGGAUUUCAGCUUGCUCUAUGAUCAAGAAAACAACGCUCUCCACUGCACGAUCAAUAAAGCCAAGGGCCUGAAACCAAUGGACCAUAAUGGUUUGGCUGAUCCGUACGUCAAAUUGCACUUGCUUCCUGGAGCCAGUAAGGCGAAUAAGCUGAGGACCAAAACGCUACGCAACACGCUGAACCCCACCUGGAACGAGACGCUCACCUAUUACGGCAUCACCGACGAGGACAUGAUCCGCAAGACCCUGCGGAUCUCGGUCUGUGACGAGGACAAGUUCCGCCACAAUGAGUUCAUCGGGGAGACGCGGAUCCCACUGAAGAAACUGAAGCCCAACCAAACCAAAAACUUCAACAUCUGCCUGGAGAAGCAGCUGCCGAUAGACAAAACAGAGGACAAGUCGCUGGAGGAGCGCGGCCGAAUCCUCAUCUCGCUCAAGUACAGCUCGCAGAAGCAGGGGCUUUACUUGAAACCAGAUGAGGACAAGAAAUCAAAGCAUAAGACGGCAGUGAAGAAGAAGACGCUGAACCCUGAGUUCAAUGAGGAGUUUUGCUAUGAGAUAAAGCACGGUGACCUGGCAAAAAAGACCUUGGAAGUCACAGUGUGGGACUACGACAUUGGGAAAUCGAACGAUUUCAUAGGUGGAGUUGUGUUAGGAAUUAACGCCAAAGGUGAGCGGCUGAAGCACUGGUUCGACUGCCUGAAGAACAAGGACAAGAAAAUUGAGCGCUGGCACACGCUAACGAACGAGCUGCCAGGGGCCGUCCUCAGCGACUGA